AUGCUCGACGACGGGGCAUUGCCAAGCUGCUCCAACGGUGGCGUCUGUGACGACGACGCCAACGACGCGUGCGACGCUGAUGGCGAGUGCGUCGACGGCUUCUUCCCGCCCAUGCAUGUCUGCCGCUGGCCUCGCAGCGACUGUGACGUGCCCGAACUGUGCACGGGGCACUCGGGAGCGUGCCCUAACGAUCGCCUCGCCGACUUUGGCGCCCCUUGCACAGGCAUCUCCAAUGGAGCGCCUUGCGACGGCCAAGAUUACUGUGACGGCAACGGCUGCUGCGUCGACCAGCUUCAGCCGGCCGGCGCCCUCUGCAACGACGACGUUGAUGCCGACCCAUGCAUGACGCCUGGUACGUGCUGCGGCACAAAACGAACCUGCUCGGCACCACGGAAGGCGCGCGCCGGUACGCCGUGCAAGGGCGAGAGCCAAGGCCAUGUGUGCGAUGCACCCGAUACCUGCGACGGCGACGGUCAUUGCGUCGACCGCUUUGAGCGCGGCAAGCUCUGCAAGCCCGCGCAGGGCUACACCCGCGCUGUGUUUUGCAAUGGCCGAACGGGAACCUGCCCCGUAUCGAGCUUCAUGGAAGACAGCACCGUUGACACGGCAGUUGACGAGGUUGCCAAGGCCAGCAAUGAGUCUGGCAAUAUGCUUCUGGUGCACUCACCACCGCCAUUGCUCGUCGUGGGUGUCGUCGGCGCCGUCGUCGUUGGCAUUGCCGUGGCUAUGUACCAACGCCAACCCGUCGUGACGCCGGGAGACUAUGUGGCCCUUUCUCUGUAA